AUGUCCGAGAGCAAGAACCCUCUGCUCGCCCGGGUCGACACCGAGGAGGAGGAAGGCAUCGCCGCCAGCCGCAGGGAGUCCUUCCUUGAAAUACGGGACGACCCGGAGCCCUCCCAGCCUCAGGCCGAGGAGCUGUCCGCCCAGCCCGGCAAGACCGCCACCCUCCGCCGGCUGCUGAGCUACUCCAUGCGCAGCAAGGGGCUGCUGGUGCUGGGCUUCAUAGGGAUGUUGGUCAACGCCGCAGGGAGCGUCUACAUGCCCUACCUCUGCGGUGAUAUCAUCGACACGAUCAGCACCCAUAGCAACCUGCUGCCUCAGAUGGUGCGGUUUAUGGCCCUGACCGGGCUGAUGUUCGUGUUCGGGGGGUGUCGGGGACUGUGCUUCAACCUGCUCGGCGAACGGGUCAUGCUGGACCUGCGGAAGGAACUGUUCGCGGCCCUGGUGCAAAAAGACAUCCACUUCUACGAUGUGAACAAGAGCGGGGACCUGACCAGCCGUCUGGCCAGCGACAUCUCCGUGGUGCAGAGCGCGGCCUCGGACAACCUGUCAAUCCUGGCCCGCAACCUGCUGCAGUUCAUGGGCAGCCUGGUGCUGCUGUGGCUGAUCAGCUGGAAGAUGACGGUGUUGAUCCUCUGCAUGGCACCGAUCAUCUCAGGCUGCUUCAUCUACCUGGGCAAGAAGCUCAAGGAGGCCAAGAAGAAGUACCAGGACAAGCUGGCCCAUGCCAACUCGCUGGCCACCGAGAUCUUCGGCAACAUCCGGACGGUCCGGGCCUUCGCCUGCGAGGAGAAGGAGUGCAAGGAAUUCGACCGGCGGAUGGCUGAGGUCUACUCUUACGGGCGAAUAUCGUCGAUCAUCUAUGGUGGGUUCAUCGUGCUGAUGACCGUCAUGGGGAACGGCGUGAUCAUGGCCGUGCUAUGGUACGGCGGGCACUUGGUGGCCAUCAACGAGCUGUCGAUCGGCGAGCUGACCAGCUACGUGCUGUACGCCAUCACGCUGUCGAUCAACCUCACGUCAGUCACCAGCUCGGUCAACGAGUUCCUGACUGCCUCGGGCGUGAUGGAGACCAUCUUCAAGCUGAUGGACACUCCUGUUGAGAUCGAGUCCGGGCUGAGAGCGGCGCGGGAGGGGCAGUCCGGCGAGAUCGAGUUCCAGGGGGUCAACUUCGAAUACCCCGACAAGAAAGAUGUGAAGAUCAUGAGGGGGAUGGACCUGAAGAUCCGGCCUGGCGAGUCGGUCGCGAUCGUGGGGCCGUCGGGGGUGGGCAAGUCCACCAUCAUAUCCAUGAUCGAAAGGUUCUACGACAUUUCUGCGGGGAAAAUCCUGGUCGACGGGGUGUCCAUCCGCGAGUUCGACCUGCAGGUGCUGCGCAGGAGCAUCGGGCUAGUCUCGCAGGAGCCGGUUCUGUUUUCGGGCAGUCUGCGGGACAACAUCGCCUAUGCCUCUCCUGAGUCCUCCGAGGCGAGCAUCAUGGAAGUACUUGUCAAGUCCAAUGCCGAAGAGUUCGUGAUGAACAAGAGCAUGUUUCCUGACGGACUCGACACGGUCAUCGGGGAGCGGGGGAUAAAGCUUUCAGGAGGCCAGAAACAGAGGAUUGCAAUCGCUCGGGCAUUGAUCAAGAACCCCAGGGUGCUGAUUUUUGAUGAGGCCACAUCUGCGCUGGACUCGAUCAGCGAGGCGCAGGUGCAGGCCUCGAUCGCCAAGGUCAUGGAGCUGAAGGAGCGGACGGUGAUAAUGAUCGCGCACCGGCUCAGCACGAUAAAGUACUGCGACCGGAUCGUGGUGCUAGGAGAGGGGCGGGUUAUCGAAGACGGGUCCCACAAGGACCUUCUGGAACUUAAGGGCGCCUACUACAAGAUGGUCAGGAAGCAACUCGAGUCCGAUGAUGAAUGA